CCCUAAGAGUUGCCUCCUAUGGCAGUGAUAUGGCAGAAUGAGUUGCCCUCAGAGGAGUGUGUCUGAUGUAUCUUGGUAUGAGUCACUGCUCUGAUCAGGUCUCCAUUUAAUUUUGAGAAACCUAGAACAGUGAUUCAUACAAAGACAUGGGGGGGGCAUCCCAUAAGAAUAAGCCAUUCCUACUUUUUCCCUUUCUAAAACUGAAUCUUUUUUGCAGGGCAACAUUGGAACAUGCCUCCUGUUUUAACCCAGACAUCUGUUGAGCUCCUCAGGAGCAUGGGGCUCUAGAUUUGAAUACUGAGCCAUUCUGCAUUAAGGAACAGAAGACCCAAUACACUGAAGAAUUCUCUUCCAUAAGUUCCACUAAAAUUAAAAGGAGCCCCCAGAAGAUCAAUUGUUCACUUCUUUUCCAGCACCGUCCAAAAAGAAACAAUAAGGCAAAGUGGAAAGUUAUUAUUUUUACAAGGUUAGCUUUUCUGCCCUUUGGAAAGUCCCGUUUAUCCACCCUCCCACGCUCAACCUUGGUACUCAGGUGAUGCAGCAUCUAAGCUACCCAAUGCCUCCGGUGUUGCCAGCUGUUGGAUAUCUGGUUCUAAGAGAUGUUGACUUUGUCAUUAAGGGAGGUGGUUGCUGAACCAAUCAGACAAUCUUCUUUGCAAAUCAGCGACCUUGGCUAGUGGAUUAAAUGUCCUCAGCAGCAUCUCAAAAAUAUUAGCUAGGUUGCUACAAUUAGGCAAUGGUGACUUCAAGGCUACUGGGUGGGCCUUUCCUCCAUCCCUUUUCUAGCUGCUGGAUAAGAGAGCAAAAGCCAGUGCGUGUGUGAGAGACAGACAGAGAGAAAGAUAGAGAGAGCUGAGCUGGAAGCAAACCAAAGACAGAGACAUACUUGCUUUAUGCUCAGUCCAAAACUAUAGGAGAAGCAGGAUCUUUAGGGCUGUUAAUGUUGUGAGCCAUUCUAUCCUAUGCUCAUGUUGUUUAUAUGUGUAAAUAAAACCAUAUAGCCUAAAGACACCACGUUCUCUGCCGACCAUCAUUCCAAGGAAACUGAACUCCGGAAAAGUGCCUGGAACCCCUGGACUCGCUCACUGCUGGGAGAUUGAGCUGGUGUGCAGCACUGGUGUUUUUCCUGCAGGAACAACUGUGAGUGAGUUGUGCCUGAGUCGAAAUGGAGGGAGAAAUAGCAACACUCCAGGAUCAAAUGAAGUUGCUAUUCCAGCAGAAGCAGCAGCAAAUGGAAGACCAGCAACAAAUGCUGAGGCAGCUUAAAAGCAGUCUUGAAGAGAAAAUGGAUGCCUCUUAUCAGGGUAUCAAAGACUUCAUGGAUAAACAGCUGCAAGAGGUGAAAGGUGACCUAGAAGCCCAGGCAAAGGACUCCAGGAGGAGAAUUGAGGAAGUAGAUGACAGACUGGUCACCCUGGACUAUAAGGCAUUUAAGGCAAUAUCCAGAACCCAAAAUGCUUUGGCUGACUUGGAAGUAGCCAACAGAUAUGAAAAUGAAGAUAUUUAUAAAGGAUUACAGGCACUGGAAAUGAAACUGCAAAUUGUGAAGGAAGAGUGCCAACACACCCAUGGAGCAAGUGACUUGGUGAGAAACCAGCAACCAGCAAGUGUGCGCAAGAAGACCACCCCUAAGGGGCAGGCAGGUAUAGCUGAUGAAUUCAAGAAGCUCUCUCUGUAUGAUGGCAAGACUUCCUUGGAAGCUUAUCUUUCAGAGUUUGAAACAAUCUCCCAAGUAAAUGGCUGGGAUGAAAAACAAAGGGGGGAAUUCCUAGCAGUCAGUCUUAGUGGGCCAGCUCAGGAAAUCCUGCAGCAUCUCCCAUCAGAGAAAAGGCAGAGCUAUCCUGAUCUGGUGAAAGCCUUAAGUCGGCAAUUUAGACCAGGGCAUCGUGCUGAGCUAGCCAGGGCCCAUUUCAGGAGUAACAGGAAGCAGAAACUAGUGAUCCCUCCAGACUUUGUUGAGGACUUGAAGACUCUUGCAGAAAUAGCAUACCAGGAAGGCAAAAAGGAAACAGAGGAUGCACUGGCAAAGGAAGGGCAGAGUGAUAUGGAGGGCAGCUGGAAGGUGCCGCGCCCAAAGAACCUGCAGGAAGCCAUAGAAUUCACCAAAGAGAUAGAAACAUUUCUUGCCGAGACCAGAAAAGGAAGAGGAGAAGCUUUCUUGCAGGAAGCCUUUGAGGGGAUAGAAGAGGAAGAUGAAGACGAAUACGAAGAUGAAUACGAAUACGAAUACGAAGAGGAAGAGGAAGAGGAAGAGGAAGGAGAAGAAAAGCCAGAUCCAUACCUCCCCCCCUUCUCCACUGACAAGAAAGAUCCACCAGAAGAGGAGGAGCUGGGGGCCUGUGCCAAGCCUUAGUUUGUUUCUCUUAGAUGCUUUAAUAAUUUGCAAUAUAAGGGUUUGUCCACACUUCUGCUUAUCCAGUGCUUUCUAUUCACUGGCCCAAGAGGUUUUCCUUUUGCCCUGCUAUUUCCACUGGGAAAACCCACUGUUUAACACUGAAUUGGAACAAAUGCCAGACCACAGAAAACCUAAAAGAUGUUUGUUCCGAUUUAGUGGUUUUCCUGGGGGGAAAUGGUGGGAUAAACAGAAGAAAACAUGGGACAAGUGGAAGUGUGGAUAAGCCUUGAGUGGUGGGGGGCGGGGGGCGGGUGCUGCACAUUGGAAAUGAAAUUUCCACUCUGCUGUUUCAACUGAUGACGUUUAAUUUUGUCAUUUGCUUUCUUUCUUUUAUUUUAUUUUUAUUAUCUGUCUUGUGGUGGUUGUUGCAUAUUGAGGCCCCAUAACCAGCUUGUUCCCUAAGGUAUGAUUGCAAUAUUUCAAAAAGUGAAAAUCCAGACACAAAAGUUGCUGAGCUUCUUUUUAUUUCCCGGACAUUUCAGCAAUUUCCACCUGGAUUCCCUCGCACUUGAGCCGGAAGCUGCACUUAGUGCAGAAUGCUGCAACAUGAUUGCUGACAGGAGGCCCUGUCAACACAACAAGGAGGGUGGUGAUAAAAUAGCGAAAUGCAGUGUAACCAUUAUACAGUUAGAAAUCUAAACAACCAUGAAAAUAACAGGAGUGAUCUUUUUCUUAAUGAACAUACAUAUAUUUGAAUCUUGAUAGAAGAAGAAUCCACCCAUAAAUCAACAGUUGGUAAACAUUCGGACAUAGUUCCAGUAUACAUCACAUUUCCUCCCCCAGGGGGGCUUAAUCACUGAGCUAACAAAAUUAAAUAAAACAAGAUUCCACUCAACAUCUAUUUCCAUAUAAGGUAAAUAUAAUGUGAAGAGAAUGCAUACAUGCAGCAAUACCUUGUGUAGUAAAAUGUAGACAGUGAGCAAUUAUUAGUUUAGAACAAGGUUAAAUCUAUAAAGGUAAAAAAUGACAAAAUAACUCAUCUAUAUGCCUUGUUAGCAUAUAACACUCAGUGCUCAGAGGUCUGCGCUGGUUGCCAAUCUGCUACAGUGCCAAGAUACACACAUACAGGUUUGUAUGCUGCCCUUCUACAGUUUAAAACCAUGCUCAAGGCAGCUUACUACUUGAAAAAAAAUGCAUAAUUAAAAGUAUAACAAAAUUAGUCAUAAACAAUGAAAA